AUGUGUCUGUGCUUGGAAAAUUUAGUACUGAUCCGUGAGGAUUUUGAUGAUGAGUCUUUUCAAGUCAAAGUGAAGAGCGAAGAGUACACCUGCCCCUUCGUGGAGAAGUUCUCCAUCGAGAUUGAGACAUACUACCGGCCGGACGCGGGCCAGCAGACCAAUGUCUUCAACCUGAGUGCAGCUGAGAAGAGGCAGAGGAUUUUGGACACCAUCGACAUCGUGCGUGACGCCAUCUCGCCUGGGGAAUACAAGCCUGAGGAGGACCCCAAGCUCUACCACUCAGCCAAGACGGGCCGGGGCCCUCUGGGGGACGACUGGGAGCCGGCGCGGAUGCUGGCACAGAAGAUGGCAAAGUGCGGGGAAGCUGAGGAGCCCCCCACUGCCGGACCCAGCCCCGAGGGGCGGCCGGAUCCAGGGGGCGCCAGCGGGCAGGAGGGGAUGGAGGUGCAGGGGGUGGCCGAUUCCUCUCCUGACGAUACCUUUGCCAAGCAGUGGUCCACUUCUUCCCGGUCCUCCUACUCUUCCCAGCAUGGAGGGGGGGUGUCUCCUCAGAGCCUGUCCGAGUGGCGGAUGCAGAACAUCGCCCGUGACUCCGAGAACAGCUCUGAAGAGGAGUUUUUCGAUGCCCACGAGGACCUGUCUGACAGCGACGAGGUCUUUGCGAAGGAGAUGACAAAGUGGAGCUCCAAUGACUUCUUGGACACGCUGGAGCGGCCAGCGGAGCUGGAUGAGGUGCUGGGGGAUGGAGCCAGCGCCGCCAAGGUGGAUGGUGAAGGACUGGGGGCAGCCGGCUUCCCUGAGACUCGUGUCCACUUCCCUGAGGUGCUGGGGCACGUGGCGCUGCGCCUGGUGCCCUGCCCGCCCAUCUGCGCCGCUGCCUACGCCCUCGUCUCCAAGCUCAGCCCCUACAGCCAUGACAGGGACAGCCUGUCCAGCAGCCAGGACCACAUCCCACGCCUCGACUUUAAGGUAUCCGUCUUCUUCCUCUUUGGCUCCCCGCUGGGGCUGGUGCUCGCGCUGCGCAAGACCGUCAUGCCCGCUCUGGAAGUGGCCCAGCUGCGUCCUGCUUGCGAGCAGAUCUAUAACCUCUUCCACGCCGCCGACCCCUGCGCCUCUCGCCUGGAGCCCCUCUUGGCCAAGGCCUUCCACGCCGUCCCACCGCUCAGCGUGCCCCGUUACCAGAAGUACCCUCUGGGUGAUGGCACCUCCUCCCUGCUGGCGGAGGCCCUGCAGAUGCACUCUGCCCUGUUCCUACCUGAGGUGGACAUGGCCGCCCCCCCUACCCCCACUGGCAGCUUCGGGGGCUUUUGGAAGGGCAGUGAGCUGGGGGAGGCCCCCACUCCCGCCAGCACCAGUGAAGUUGUCAAGAUCCUGGAGCGCUGGUGGGGCCCGAAGCGCAUCGACUACUCACUGUACUGUCCCGAUGCCCUGACUGCCUUCCCCACCAUCACCCUGCCCCAUCUCUUCCACGCCAGCUACUGGGAGUCCUCCGAUGUGGUGGCCUUCAUCCUGCGCCAGGUGAUGGAAAAGGAGGGACCGCAGCCGGCGGAGAGUGAGGAGAGCUCUAUCUACAGCCCUGCUAUCCCCCGGGAGAAGUGGCAGCGCAAGCGCACCCAAGUGAAAAUCCGAAACGUGACGGCCAACCACCGGGCCUGUGAUGUGAUCGUGUGCGAGGGUAAAGCGCAGGUCCUCAGCGGGCGCUUCAUGUACGGACCCCUGGACGUGGUGACGCUGACUGGGGAGAAGGUGGACAUCUACAUCAUGACGCAGCCGCUGUCUGGGAAGUGGCUGUACUAUGGCACUGAGGUGACAAGCGGCAGCGGGCGCUUGACCUUCACCAUCCCUCCGGAGAAGGCUCUGGCCAUUGGCAUCUACCCUGUGCGCAUGGUGGUCAGGGGGGACCACAGCUACGCUGAGGCAUACCUGACGGUGGUGGCCCGGGGCACUGAGUCGGUCGUGUUCAGCAUCGAUGGUUCCUUCACCGCCAGCGUCUCCAUCAUGGGCAGCGAUCCCAAAGUGCGGGCGGGGGCUGUCGAUGUCGUACGGCACUGGCAGGACUCGGGCUACAUGAUCAUCUACGUGACGGGACGCCCUGACAUGCAGAAGCAUCGUGUGGUGGCCUGGCUCUCCCAGCACAACUUCCCUCACGGUGCUGUCUCCUUCUGCGACGGGCUCACCCACGACCCCCUGCGCCAGAAAGCUGCCUUCCUCCAGAGCCUACGCACCGAGGCGGAGAUCACCAUCGUUGCCGGCUACGGCUCCACCAAGGACGUCUCCGUCUACAGCUCGCUGGGACUUGCGCCGGCGCACAUCUACAUCGUGGGCCGGGCCGUCAAGAAGGUCUACAACCAGUGCCAGUUCCUGUCUGAGGGCUACGUAGCCCACCUGGCUCAGCUGGAGGCGGCGGCCCUGGCCCACUCCCCCAAGGGACCCCCGCGGCCCGUGCUGGGCAAAGGCACCCACGGCUGUGUGACAAUGAGCAUAGUCUAA